AGUGAACAGUCAGUCCAUCAGUGAAUCACAUGUUGUUUUCAGUGGUCUUUAAAAAUCCAUGUGUUGUUUGUGUCGUAUGUCUUAUAAGUCGAUCACUAAUUUGAUCCAUCAAUUGACAGAUCAAUCGAUCGAUUAAAGUGAUAGUUAAUUGAGAUAAGGAAGAAGCAAAAGAAGAAGAGAUGGUCAAAGACAACGAUCCGUCGGACGAGCGUUUUGCUCAUGUGUUAACUGAUCCCAGAUUUCGGACACUUCGCAAAAGUGACAAAAAAGUUAAAAUCGAUAAACGCUUUCAGAAGUUGUUUACCGAAAAAAGAUUUCAAUUGAAACACGCGGUCAACAAAAGAGGUAAACGCGUGAAGAAUGCCGACAGCUAUAAGAAGAUGUAUGAUUUGGACGAUGAAGAAGAAGAAAAACAAGAAAAACAAGAAGAAGACAAAGUUGUUGAAGACAAACGUGAAGAUGUGAUUGACAAUGACGUUAAUAAUGAUGAAGAAGUGGCCAUUGAAACGAUAAUUCCAAAGAAACCAAAAGUUAUGAACGCAAGAGGAGACGAUUCAGAUGAGGACAGCGACAACAUAUCGAGUAGCAGUGAAUCAGAAGAGGACAGCGAUGUCGAUGAUGAAGACAGUCAAGAGAUUGACCACAAUUGGAACGAAUGGGCCAAAGAUGUUCCGCAAACAGAAGUGGCGACCAAACGAUUUGCCAUUUGUAACAUCGAUUGGGAUCGUAUUAAUGCAACCGAUUUGUUUGUUUUGAUCAAUUCGUUUAAGCCGUCCGGCGGUUCCGUAGUGUCGGUCAGAAUUUUUCCGUCGGAGUUUGGUUUGCAACGAAUGAAAGUGGAGGCCGAAAAAGGUCCGAUUGAGUUCAUUAAGGCCACCAAAAGUGAUACUAAUAUUAUUGACAAUGAUAUUGAAACCAGUGAUAAUGAAAAAGAUGAGAACAAUGAAGAUGUUGAUGACGACGAUGAAGAGAUUAAAAGUUCGGAAGAACUGAGAAAGUAUGAGUUGGAACGACUGAAGUACUACUAUGCAGUGGUUGAGUGCGAUAAUGGCGGCACCGCUGAUGUACUUUACAAAGAAAUUGAUGGUAUGGAGUACGAGAGCAGUUCGUCGACACUCGAUCUUCGCUUUAUUCCCGAUGACAUGACUUUCGGUGAUGAAGAAGGGGUGGUACCGAAGUCUGAGUGCUACGCUAUGCCUGAUAUGACCACAUAUAAGGCGCCACAGUUUAUCAACAGUGCUCUUCAGCAGAGCAAAGUACGAAUGACUUGGGAUGAAACAGAUCCCAAACGUAAGAAUGCAUUCGAACGUGCGUUCGAUGCUAAAGACGACGGCGACGACUUGAAAGCAUAUUUAGCCACUUCUGAUGAAGAGGACGAGGAAGAAGAUGAUGAGGAAAUAAAUGAAGAGAAAGAAGAAGAAGAUGCUGAGACAGUUCCUGGAGGCGACACAAUCGUUAAAACUAGAGAAAAGAUUAAUAAAUAUAAAGAACUAUUGUUUUCAUUAAAUGAACCAAAAAAUGGUAAGAAGAAUGGUGACAAUGACGACGACGACAUCGAUAUGGAGGUUACGUGGGAACCAAAUCUCAAUCAAAUGGCUGAAGAUGUGGUCGAAAAGAAAGAGCGAAAAGAUUGUUCAGUAUUUGAACAAAAAUAUUUGGAAAAUAAGGACAAACGUAAACAAAAUAAAAGAAAACAACAAUCAGAUGAUGAAGAAGAAGAAGACGAAGAAGAAGAGUUGGGUGAUAGCGAUAAAGAUGUUAAAGAGAGUAACUUCAAUGAUAAUAAUGAUAAUAAUAAUAAUAAUAAUAAUAAUAAUAAUAAUAGCAAAAAACGUAAGAAUAAGCAUAAGAAGAAAAAUGAUAGAAACUCAUCAAAGACUGAUCCAGAACUGGAACUACUACUUAUGGAUGGAGAAGAAGUCGAUGAGAAGAGACAUUUUAACUAUAAAACUAUUGUCGAAAAUGAAAUGAAAAAGAAAAACAAUAACAAACCUAAAGAUUCAUUUAAAUUUGACUCCGACGACCCGCGUUUCGGAGCUGUUUACACAUCACAUCACUAUAAUGUCGAUCCAUCUGAUCCACACUUUAAGCGAACCGAAGCAUUCGAGCAGAUAAUGAAAAAAUCAAGAGAGAAAAGUUUGUCUAAUGAAAGACAAAGACAACAAGAGAAGAGUCAACAAUCAUCCAAUAAUAAUGAUAACAAUGGCUUAAGAAGUUCGUGGACACAUCUGGUAAAGACUGUUAAGAAUAAGUCGAAACAAUUGUCCGAAACUAAUAAAACAACGAAUAAAAAAUCGAUGAAAAAAUUCAAUAUCAAACAAAAUAAAUUCAAAAGUUAAACAAUUUUUAUUAAUUUAAUUAUAAUACACACUAUAAUCUACAUUAUAUU